UUGUGGCUCCAAGGAGCAGCAGCAGCGGCACCACCCACCCCACUCCCUCUCCACAACUCCUUCCUUCAUUCGACUUAGACAGGCGGACACAGCGCGCAUCCACGUAACGUUACAGGCGAGAAAAACAGCGUCGCAUUGGAAUGAGCUGUCUCAGGAAUCUCCUCCGAGCCUCCCUCUUCAGGCUGAACACGUGAGGAGAAAAAAGGGCAGGUCUAAAACAACAACUCUUCGGAAAGAACCUCAGACAACGUUUUAAACAAAAACACAGGGUCAUCCUCCUGCAGCUGCUGUAGCUUCUCCUCUCUCUGAAGACCCUGUCCUGGAAAACACAUCAUCUUAGACAGAGUUUAUCUUAGGAGACGGUGACAGGAGCGUGAAAAAGCCAACAGAGGGAGUGGACGAAAAGAAGCAACAAGCACCCGGAGAGAGAGGGUGUGAGGGGGGAGGAUGGAGGCCCUGCUUCCUGUGCUGAAGAGUCACCCAGGCUCCUCAGUGCUGGUGAGCUCACUGAUUUUCAGGGUGGUCCACCAACUCCUGCAAAGACUGCCUGUGCCCAAGGUGGUGAGGCAGGAUGACUUCCGCUUCUGGAAGUGGAGGAACCUCUCUGUCUCUAUGGUGCACUCCCUGCUGACCGGAACAUGGGCCCUGACAUGUGUGUUCAUGUGGCCAGAGACGCUGAGGGACCUCCACUCCUACCACACGCCGCUGUCCUACCUGCUCGUCUGCGUCUCAACAGGAUACUUUGUGCAAGACGCUGGUGAUAUCAUCUUGACGGGACAUGGAAGAGGAUCAUGGGAAUUCUUACUCCAUCAUGCGCUGGUGAUCUGGUGUUUCCUGUACGCCCUCUACACUCAGCUGUAUGUAGCCGGCGCCGUCAUUGCUCUCUUCGUGGAGGUGAACAGUGUCACGCUUCACCUGAGGCUGAUGCUGAAACUGUCCAGCGCUCAGUCCACCUCCAUGUACCACAUCAACAAAUUCGUCAACCUCUUCACCUACAUCGUGUUCCGCCUGGGCACCCAAAUGUACCUCACCAGGUACAUCUUGCACAAUUACUCCUGGAUGGACCGCGGUGGAUACUUUCUCGCCAGCAUGAUGGUGAUGAAUAUUAUGAUCCUGAUUUAUUUCUACCGCCUGAUCCGUGCUGAUUUCUUCCCUCGGAGUAAGAGCUACGCGGGACAGAACGGGACUCAUAACAACAACUCCAGAAAGUUCCUCAGUGAUUGAUUGGGGGAAGGUCCUGGGACUUUAUUACGAUUUUUAUUCAGGGUGGGAGUUUACAAAUAUUUGUCUUUUUCAAACCCUAACUGACAACAUUCCUUGUGACGACAGGUUUCUUUUUGUGUUUCACUGCCAAAGAACAAGCCCUCAAAAUACUUCAUAUCGGUGGAAUAAGGUGCAGUUCAGGGUUUACUUGUUAGAGAUGUUGGAGAGUCAGAAAAUUGGCCUUUUAGAGGGAGAACUCUGAAAAUCAAGCUACAUUUCACCAACCAUUCAGAUGUUAGUACUUUUAACAGAUUCAAAAAUUCUCUAGCAAGACAACAACUUGUUUCUGAACAGAUUAAAUGAAAGACACAAACAUUUGCUAUUCUUCUUCACACACUAUCCAGGAAGCAGUUAGCUAACAAUAUUUUUUUUAGGUUUUUUUUUUACUUUACCUUUAUCCAACCAUAAAGAAAUGAGAGGUUUGAAUGUUGAAUAUUCAGCUUUACUAUUUUCAACUUGAAUAUUGAUAAUAUGACGUGAACACUGAUUUUUGGUACAAAUAAAAGAGUUGCAUCAAUAUUGUCAUUUAGCUCCCAGCUAGAAGGUGAAGUCUAUUUCCCUCUAUUAUAUUUAAUCCAUCUAGAAAAAGAUUGUGUGAUAAUUUGUAUUAAAAUGUAAACUUGUUUGAAAUGUGACAUUACAUUUAACAUUCGCCGAAAACCAA